AUGGCCAUGCAGGUAACGCAAGAUUCUGGAGAACCGAUUCAUAUUUCGAACACCUUUGUUCCGCAGGUUUCGGAGACGGCGAGACGGACAUAUGCGCAGACAGUAAAGGGCCAAGCGGACAUGCAUGUGAGCCAGGAAGAGUGGUGCGACGAGUCCAGUGAUGAUGAUGACCAGGACGACAUCUCAGAUGAAGAGGAUGAAGAUCCACUUUGUCCUACGAUCCGACUGUCAAGAGCGGAGAUAGAGCAGAUCAGGGCACCAUGGCGGAAGGCGAUCAUCGUCAAAGUAAUGGGAAGGUCGAUCGGUUACGCAUAUCUUCUACGCCGGCUCAAUUCCAUGUGGAAACCAAAGGGGAAGAUGGAUCUAAUUGCGAUCGAUAAUGGAUACUUCAUCGUCAGGUUUGGCGCGGUUGAAGAUCUGGAGCAUGCCAUGUUCGAGGGCCCUUGGAUGGUCAUGGAUCAUUACUUGCUAGUCAAACCAUGGGUGCCGGACUUCGAUCCCUUCUCGGAUGUUACAGAGAAGGUGCUAGUUUGGGUAAGAAUCCCUUGUUUACCUGCUGAGUACUAUAACUUGAUCUUUCUCAGGAAGCUUGGGAACAAGGUAGGGAGGACAAUACGCGUUGAUCAGGCCACAAGUCUGGUGUCACGAGGGAUGUUCGCGCGCAUAUGUGUAGAGGUCGACAUUUCAAAGCCAUUGAUAUCCAAGUUUAAAUACAAGGAUCGAGUGCGUUCGGUGGCCUACGAAGGUAUACAUCUGAUAUGUUUUUCUUGUGGAAUUUACGGGCACUCCCCUGAUGCAUGUCCAAAGAAAGUGAGGCCUGAGGCCUCCCAAGACCAAGCACAGCAGAACGAGGUGGCGGCUAAGGUCCCUGAAAUGCCACGCGGGAUCGCUGUUGGUGCCGAGCCAUUUGGACAAUGGAUGAUAGCGCCAGGGAGGAAGGGCAGACCUGGAGGCAAACAGAUAGCCAACCCGUGUGUCCCAAGAGCGUAA